AUGUAUUAUUCUGUGAUUCUCCAUGGAAGAAGAUCUAUCUUCGCGUUGCAGAAAUGGCGUAACUUGAGAGUUUCAGUGACCCUUUUUCAACAGGGAUCUGCUUUUUGCAACUCCUUCUCCUCUGCAGGUGCGAGCCUUCAAGAUGGUCGAAAAGGGAAGACCUUUACAGUCUCUUACCUCGUUGAUUCACUGGGUCUACCUACAAAACUCGCCGAAUCGAUCUCGAGGAAAGUUAUUUAUGAGGGAAAGGGAAACCCAGAUUCUGUUUUGGAUCUUUUUAGAGAUUAUGGGUUAGGCUUUUCUGAGGGAGAUGUAUGGGAUAGAUUCAAGAAGAAUCCACAGUUUCUAGCACUCUCGGAGAAGAAUGUUCUCAACUCCAUUGAAACGUUUCUAGGCGUAGGGUUCAGCAGAGAUGAGAUUGUGCUGAUGGCCAAGCGGUUUUCUCAGUGUCUUAAUCUGUCUGCAGAGUCGGUGAAGAACAAGACUGAGUUUCUGGUGGAGAAGAUGAAUUGGCCGAUACAGGCUUUGGUUUCGAACCCUGCAGUGUUUGGAUACAGCCUGGAGAAGAGGACUGUGCCGAGGUGUAACGUUGUCAAAGCUCUCAUGUCCAGAGGAUUGCUCGGAGAUAAACUCCCUGCAACGUCGAGAGUGUUGGCGAUUACGGACCAAGCUUUCUUAAACAAGUUUGUGAAGAUACACGAUGACGAGAAGCUGGUGCGUGAGCUUAUGGCUAUCUUCACCAGAGGUCUUGUUUCAUAG